AUGGUCCUUCGAGUUCUCAGAUUAGUCAAGAUCAUAGGUCAAAUUAAACGGUUUGUCGGAUUUCUUUUUGAAAAUUUCCAGCUGUUACAUGUAAUAAAUAUCUGACGCGUCUCAGCGCAGUCAAAUCCAACUUUUCACUUUUCAGCUAUUUUUAUCCAUACAUGACAUAAACCGUCUUGUUUUCGGAGGAUACAUUUGUCGUUAUGCCACUCAAAGUUUUUGAGGCCACCAGGUCCAAGUAAUCAGUGUACUUUGUCAAAAAGGAAUUUCUGCUAUUCUUCAAAACUCUUAACUGCCAAUUUAUUUUUAUAAUGUUCAGACUUCGGAGUAGGACUUGCCACACAAACUUUUCUUUCUUUUUUCUUCAAAAAAUAAAUUUAGCCGUCUGCUAAAGUAUGAAUAAUAAAACUGAAUUGAAUUGAAAUUGAAUUGUUCUUUUCCGUCUUUUUUAUGAACAAACAUAAUAUGUUCACUCACAGUAGACACACGGCAACUGUGUCAGUGUGAUGUUUACAGAAGACUGAGAAUUCAACAGACAAGCAAUUUAUAUGGCAAAUGUCCGCCUAAGUUCCAUAAGGCUGUGCAAUUACGUAUUCUAGUUAUGUUUAUUGGAGAAGUUCGUUUAAAGACUCUUCCUUAAGGUUUCAUUGAGUUUCAAGACACUCGAAAAUAAGGAAGGCACUCUGAGGCCUUUUGCUUUCAGUUUUCCGUGUUUGGUAGCUCGGUCAAACGCUCCCAUUUGUUUUUGAAAUAUAAUCAAACCUAGCCUACAAACAUGCCCACUUAGUCCUCUGAAUGAUGGUUUUGUGAAGGUUAGGGACAAUGCUAUUGUCCUGUUUUAUUUUUUUAGUAUUUUUUUCAAACAAUAGCUGUAUUUUUUACUUAACUGAUAAUAAUGACCCGCUUGAUACGGACAGUUUCUAUGGCCCCUUCAAGGUCCCGGCAUAAAGGACGUUUGACUGUAUUACUUCUUCGUUUUUUCAUGUCAUUUUUUGGCCAGAUUUCAGGUCGUUGUUGGAACCGUCAUGCAGAUUGGCCCGGCAAUGGGCACGUAUGGUGCAAUUAUGUUCGUAAGUAUAAUAUCUGUGUUAUUAAAUAAAAUGCUUGUAAAUUUUCGUUAAAAUUGAAACUUGGGUUGCUCGUCACUUCUUAAAAUAUGCUGCUUAAUGACGUCCUUUGGCCCUUUCGAAUCUUCCCAGAAAACAUAUGUUAAACUACUACGAAGAAAGAAGGUUUCAGGUCAUUCUCGUUUUACCUUUGCCCGGUUCAAGUGCGCACCUUUUCACUUAUAUUCUUUGUUUGCUUCCACGUGGCAUGGGAGCGAUGACAGGUCCAAAAAAUAUAAUUUCUCGCCGCAGAAUUUGCGUGAAAACAUGACCAACAUGGCCGCCGUGACGUCAGCUGUAAACCAGCAAUUCGCCAUUUUAGAAAAGAGGAGGAAAUUGCUUCAAGUAAAGACUUCUGGGAACGCUAUCGGAGACUGACGCACUGGUCAGCUAUUGGCCAUUUUUUCCUCUGUCCCCAGUAACAGUCCCAGUUGACCCUAAAGUAGCCUGCAUAGCAAGCGUUUCCGUUUGGUUUCGGAGCAAAGAAAGGCCGAGGAACGAGACUUUCGGUUUUGGCCGCACAAGACAUGGGACGAGAGCCAAAAAAUGAAACUGGGGGAGGAGGGGGAUGGUUAGGGUUACUUGCGCUAUUUUUCGCGCGGUGUUUGACUCUCGUUCCUCGUUCUUUUCUCCGAGACCGCACGGAAACGCUAUAGGCGUGUCUCCCUCUUGCGCGCUCGUUCUUUCUUUCGCCCACUACUUCCAAGCGCCUGCUACGCAGGCUAUUCAUUUUCAUGUUAGUGGUCGGCACCACCGAACCUAGCGAAAUGUUUGGACCCCUUAUUAAAACUUCUGGAGCCGCUCCGUUCUAAAAUGUGUUUCGUUUAUAUUAUUUGUAGGUCUUGUACUACAUGUAUGCCAUUCUGGGAAUGGAGUUAUUCGGUGGUUUGAUCAAAUCGGAAGGCAGUUACCCUUCAUCUGAUAGCAACGGAACGAGUGAAGAAAAUGUCACUGAGUUUUGUGGCAAUAUCAAGCUAAAUGGUUCCGACUUUUAUGCGGAUCGCUAUUGUAAUAACAAUUUUAAUGACAUUCUGAGAUCGUUCAAGGUUCUGUUUGAUUUGAUGGUUGUAAAUCAAUGGCACAGUAUCCUUUGAAUCAAUUUACUUUUAUUAUUUAUUUUAGAUUAAACUUGAAUUUAUAGUUAGUUUCGUUAUUGAAUAGCGCAGCUCCAGGUACGUCGUCGCUGCUUAAGGUCUCUUUUUAGGGAAUUCUGCGACGGGAAUAUUUAGAGCUUUUUUGAGAAUGUUUGGAAACUUAUUAAGAGGGUACACCUACACCCCAGCCUCCUCCCCAGGCGCUUCGUUUUUCGCAUCGUAGAGGCGAGCGCGAAACGCGAGUGACUGGUGAUGCACUGCAAGGGACCGUGGGAUGGGUACAGACGGCAGGCGACGCACGUCUCGCCCGUUGUCUCCUUCCCGCCUUCCUUUGCGCGCACAUUUUCAUCGACAGAGAGACGUCUGGGUAAGAGGCAGUCCACACCCACUGCCGGGCGCGGUAAACAUAUGUAAAGCGCGGGAAAAUUUCGUUAUGGUCAUUUGAACUCUGUAUAGCCGUGUUUGUUUUCUUUUAUUCCUCUGUGACUUCACCAUUUUAAUUAUAUCUUUAACAUGCUUCCAGUUAUAACUCAAGGUUAUGUUCGUGUUACAAACAAGUUUGCGAGGAUUUAUUUCCUGUCAUUUCAUCUUUUCUGUGUUAUCGUGGUUCUCAAGUGAGUACUUUUUUUAGAUAUAGCCGUCGCUUGUCAGCGUUGUAUUAUAAGCCGUCAAUUUUCGUCAAUUACUUGAUAUCAACAGUUUUUGUUUAAACAGAAACGACAUAAAAACCCUUUUUUGAGGUGCAACAGUUUGCGUACGCUGUUGAGCCUGCCUCCAUUUACAGUUAAACCUGUAUUAAGCGGUCACCCAAGCGUGGGAAUGGCUAACUGACCGUUGAUGCAGGUUGAUGGUUAUUAUACAGGCUUAACAACCCUAGGAGCUUUAAUAAAAAAAAAUGAAGAUAAUAAAGCGAAAUAUCCAUCACACGACAAAAUUUAAAGUGACUUCAUAGUGUUUCUACUUCUUAUGGCGUUAAAAGAAAAGUAAGAGUAAGAGACCACUAAACCCCCCCUGCAAACGGACGCAACAUUGUUGGCCAACAACUCCCAGCAUUGUUGGAUUUUACCAUGUUGCGUCCGUCUGCACACCCUGUUGCUUGUUGCUGCGUAUUGUUGGGAGUUGCUGCAUCCGUUUGCACACCACCACCAACACGGACACAACGACUCCCAACAUUGUUGGCCCACCAAUGUUGGGAGUUGUUGCACUCGUUCGCACACCACUACCAACACGGGCACAACAACUCCCAACAUUGUUCGCCCACCAAUGUUGGGAGUUGUUGCACCCGUUCGCACACCACUACCAACACGGGCACAACAACUCCCAACGUUGUUGGCCCACCACUCGUUGUCACCUCGGAAAAAGUGACCACAACCGCUUAAUAGAGGUGACCACUUGAUACAGGUCAGUUUAAAAGUAAUCAAGGGAAACUAUUUUGACUGUAAUUAGUUAAAAGAAACUAUUUUUCUUUGAUUUUCAGUAUAUUUGUGGCGUUCAUCUUAGAAGCCUUUAUGUUGGAAUAUUCAUUCACGCACGGCAAAAUAGAAACUGUGUUCAACAAAAAGAUACAAGAAAAAGGCAUAGGCGUGGGGAUGUAAGUAUUCUUUGUAAUAUACUAUUAUGUUUCACCACCCGCCACCAUACCAACGUCUGUAAAAUCCAGCGACUUUCGGGAGCUAUAUCUUCGUUCGUUUUCAAACUGAACCACUUUCAAAAGUUUGCGACUUUGCUGAUUUAAAGGUGAUGUUACACGAGACAAUUCGCAACAACGAUUUUUAGCGCAACACAGCGUUGCCACAUUAUCGCGACAUUGUUUCGAAUGGUUACAACAUUGUUCCAGCAUUGCAACCCUGUGGGGCGCUAAAAAUCGUCUUUGCGAAUCGUCCCGGGUAACAACGCCUUUUAAGGGCGUUCUUUCCAGGCGUGUUGACGGAUUUUCGCUAACUGGUCCCAGCGAAAAGGUGAAAAAAUAUACUGCGAGCAGCCUCUUAUUUUUCUUUGCAAAGUUACUGCACGCGAAACCUAAGACAUCGUGGUUUGCAAUCGCGCCGGAUGAGAUAAGAACUGGACGGAUUUUAAGACAAAAGGCGGACUACAAGCAGUCUAGUGAAAAAACUGUGAAUGAUCUAUUGAAGAUGCGUUUGCCCCUGGUUCUGUAAAAACUGAUUGAGCACGAUUUAAUCACCUGUUCUAGGUGCCCAGUGAAAGAUAGAGCGGCGUCGAUUCUUUCUCUCGACGACACCGAUGAGGUGAUAAAAGAUCAGGGAAGCAAUGGUUUUACGUCAGUAGAACACCUCGCACUGGACACCGGUUUAAGAUUCAAAAUGCCGAGCCAGCAGAAGAAAAAUGCCGACCUUCUUCUACAGGAGAUGUUUGAGGAUGAGCUGGAGGAAGAUGAUAUCGGACCAAAAGAUGUGGAAGAUUUAGAUGAGCUUGAUGAAUCGGAAGAUAUUAUAGAGGCACAGUCCAAGAGGAGACUGACCUUUCACACAGUUGACGCAGAGUAA